CAGCAUCGUCAAGCUGGAGAGUCCCCAACGGGCCCCCCGACCCUGCCUGUCACUGGCCAGCAAGGCCCGGAUGGCGGGGGAGCGGGGCGCCAGCGCCGUCCUCUUUGACAUCACGGAGGACCGCGCUGCUGCUGAGCAGCUGCAGCAGCCCUUGGGGCUGACGUGGCCCGUGGUGUUGAUCUGGGGUCACGAUGCCGAGAAGCUGAUGGAGUUUGUGUACAAGAACCGAAAGGCCCACGUGAGGAUUGAGCUGAAGGAGCCCCCGACGUGGCCAGAUUAUGAUGUAUGGAUCCUCCUGACGGUGGUGGGCAUCAUCUUUGUGGUCAUCCUGGCUUUGGUGCUCGUAUCCGGUGCCGCCCCCACCGCCACAGCAGGCCG